GGCCGGUUCUAUAAGAGACGGAUCGUCUUCCUGCUUUUGGCAUUUCUCUGCUGUCCUCCGUUUGCCUCAGACUCAGACUCUACCUGCACAGGAUGUCGUGGCAAUCGUAUAUCGACACCAUGAAGACGGCCGACCAGAGCGGCAUGGUGCCGGUGGCAGAGGCGGCCAUCUGCGGCAUCGCAGCUGGACAGGAGAGCGUCUGGGUCAGCACCUCGGGCCUGCAGGGCAUCACGGUCGAUGAGAUCAAGAAGCUGGGCAGCAAGGACCGGUCCAGCUUCGCUCAGAACGGCGUCUACAUCGGCGGGACGCGGUGCCGCCUGAUCCGGGACCAGAUGGACAUGGACCCAGUCUUCGCUCUGGACCUGAAGACCGCGGCCGACGCUGACGGCAACGCGUUUGGAGUCUGUGUGGGCAAAACCAAGACAGCUGUAGUCAUAGCAAAGGGCACUAAAGACGCCAGCGGCGGCCAGAUCUCCAACAAGGUAUUCAGCGUCGUCGAACACCUCAGGAAAGCCGGCAUGUAAACCCAACAUGGCUGCCACCUUCCCUCCUCCCUCCCUGACCUCUGACCCCUCCCAGCUCCUCCUCUUUGAUCUUCAGUCAUCUCCGUCUCACGGCUUCGUCGUCGGGGAUCGAAGUGUCUCCUCCAUGCAACGACCAAUCAGUGACUGUGUGUGUGAGGCGGCGGGUCACAUGACCCGGCGGGUCACGCCUGUUCUUCAGCAGGGAGCCAGUGUUACAUGUUUCACCUGAACCCAAUAAAGAGUCCUGUUUAUUUUA